AUGACCCAGGACGACAAUGUGACCAGGAUGUUCAUGCCCGGCCCCCGUAAGAGCGCCCAGCGCUCCAAUUCGCAGUCCUCUCUCACCUCGGCCUCGUCGUCCUCUUCCUCUACCAUCUCCCAGGCCUCUACCCCGUCUCAGCCUUCCCCGUCCAAUCAAGAUCCCACCACAUGGACCACGCGCAAGAAGAGCUCAAGAGGCAUCUGGCCAUCAGGAAAAGCAGAGCCCACCGCCGGCCUCUCCACCACUCGUCCCCAGCCCGUCUCGUCCACUUCAUCUGGUCCAUCUGCCGCUUCCGCAAUCUCCGCCCUACACGGUCCAAUGCUGCCUUCACAGCAAAUGUCUACCGCCCAGAACGGCUCGCUUCGAGGAGCUCAACCCCCUUCCGACACGCCCGCCAUCCUCCACCUCUCGCCCAUGAACGGCACCUUCGAACGCAAGACCAUCAGCGUCCCCUUUUACCCUGACGUAUUGCGCAUCGGCCGCCAAACCAACGCCAAAACAGCCCCUACCCCUGCCAACGGCUUCUUCGACUCAAAGGUUCUCUCACGUCAGCACGCCGAAAUCUAUGCUGAGCGCAAUGGAAGAAUCUUCAUCCGCGAUGUCAAGUCUUCCAACGGCACCUUCGUCAAUGGUCAGAGACUGUCACCCGAAAACAAAGAAUCAGAGCCGCACGAACUGCGUGAGCAAGAUGUUCUCGAACUCGGCAUCGAUAUCGUCAGCGAGGACCAAAAGACGAUUGUUCACCACAAAGUCGCUGCUCGUGUCGAACACGCUGGAAUCUACAACCAGACUGCCGAGCUCAACUUUGGAGAAAUGGAUCCCUCUCAUCAAAUGAAGCGCAGCAACAGUCAGUCAUCGCAACAAAGCGCAAAGGCCAACGCCAUGGCCGCUGUCAUGGCUGCCAGAGACUCAGGUGCAAUGCAACAACCCCAAUGGGCUCGCGGCUGGCCUUCCACCGUGACGACCGAGACAAUUGUGAAACGUCUGAACCGCGAACUGAGCCUUGCUAAGAAGCAAUCCUCGGACCUAGCUCGGAGCAGAUCUUGCCUCGAAGGGUUGUUGGCUGCUGAUUCCAAGGGCAAGCAAGACAAGUCAGCUAGAUCCUCGCCUGUCAAGCAACAAACUUCCGACUCCAAGCCUUCUGUAAUCUUUUCCGAACCUCCUGCUCCACCACCACAGGCUCCGUUGCCCGAGAAGCCAGACGUCGCAAAGGCUCUUGCCGAUCCCGUAAUCCAACCACUCCUCAUGCGUUCAGAAACUGCUCGUUCAAUCUUGGCUCCCAACGGAUCUCCCACUCGCGCCGAUCAUUCACAAGCUCUUCUCAUCCUUACACACGAGCUGAAACUUGCCAAGGAUCAAAUCCCUAGCCUCGAAGAUCGUGUCAAGAAUCUGGAAGAGGAACUCAAACAGGAGCGUAAUGCUCGUGAAAGUGCCGAGGAAAGAGCUUCUCUGCUGGAGUCAUCUCAAAAGUCACCCGAAGACCAAGAAGACCUUUCUGUUACUGAACAGCAGGAAGACUCUGCCGACAGUGAUGAUCUACCAAAGGAUCAAACUCCCGAACUCCAGUCACAGCUUGAUAGACUCCGUGCGGCUAUGGAUGAUAUGAAGACACAGAUGGAAGCCUAUCGUCGUCGCGCAGAAACAGCAGAGUCACAGCGUGAUGACGCGCACCAGACGCUCGCUGAGAUGGUUGAGCAGAAGCGCAAGGAGAACGCAGAGCUGCAGCGCCAGCAAGAGGCANUCUCCCCAUCAAAAUCAUCGUCUAGCCUCGCGAGCAACACAACGUCCUCGAACGGUCACAUCUCCGAGCCUUUAGUCGAAGGCAGUCUGUACAGUCUGUUGGCUGAAGCCGGUAUUAAUGCCAACGCGGCUUUGUCAACAGAGCAAGCAGCAUCGAUCCAACGACUGCUCGCCCGCAAGAUGCCUGUUUCCCAACAUGACGCUUCCGACAACUCCUCUGACAACUUGAAAGAGCAGCUUACCCACCAUGGUUUGCCGCUUGGAUCGGGUUUCAUUGUGGUCGUUGUCGGCAUGGCGCUCAUGCACUACUUGGAUGGUUGGGAGAAAUUGCACAGGUGA